AUGAAUGAUGUUGUAAUUAGUGCAUUAACAUUCAAUUUAAAAAAUAGUUAUAGUAAAAGUAACAACAAUACAACAACAGAAGCACCAGAACCUACAACAUUCAGUUUAAAAAAUAGUAAUAAUAACUAUAAUUUAAAUAGUAUUGGUGAAUAUAGUGAAUAUUAUAUGCAAAGUGUUCAUAUAGAAGACCUCAUAAGAUUAUUUUUAAUUAUUUGUAAAGAUGUAGUUUCCAUUUUUAUAAAUUCAAUUAUUAAAAAUAAAAAUAGUAAUCAAAAUAAUAAUAACAAUAAUAGUAAAAAAAAAAAAAUUAAUAAUCAAGAGUUCCAAAAAGAAAAAGAUCACAUUAAUUAUGAUACUGAUGAAGAUUAUCAUUAUGAUCCAAAAGAGAUAAUUUAUGAUCAAGAUCUUGGCUACAGAGCAAUUGAUGAAGUUUAA